AAAAAUGUGAAUAUUAAAUAAAUAAUAGAAAACGCCUUUAAUAAGCACAGAAGACAGCAACCAACCCUAAUUAGCUUUAGUUAGUGGGCAAGCUAAACCACUGUUAGCUCUCUAGCUAAUUUUAGCAUUUAAUUGCUGUAAACAUAGCUUAAUUUUAAAUGUAUAAAUAUUUUUAUUUACCUUAUAACAACACAAUGUAAAUUUAUAUUGUAGCUUUCCGGCCUUAAAAAAAAUAAAAGUUGGUAAAAAGAAGCAUAAAAUGUAAUAACUUACAUAGUUAGCAUUAGCAGCCAAAGUAGUAGUUGAAACGUAGUCUAAGCACUCAAGGGUCAUUAUUUCCUGAAAUACUGUGGAAAAAGUACUUUAUAAGAAAAUUUUUUGUACUUUAUAAAUUCUGUACUAACUCAAAGUAAAUUAUUUUCACUUUUAAUUUCUUCUUUUUUAAAAUUUGAAAACAACAGACAUUGUGGCCAAUUGGGAAGAAUUGGCAGGGUUGUUAUAUUUUCUUUAAACUGGGCAAAAUUGAGACAAAUCGUUUUACAAAAUACUCUACAUAUGGAUACUGAUGACAUACCAAAAAAAUAUUAAAAUCUACAUUUUACUUUAAUCAAAUCUAAACUUGUUGAUAUUGAGCUGUCAACUUUUAUAUAUUGCCCAGGAUUUUUUAACCUUCCCACUCUAGAUGUAUUUUCCCAGUAUUAAUAUUUUGGACUCGGAGAAAGUUUGCUCUUUUUUUUCCCCAGAAUGAUGGCCAUGUCUCUCGGUGACGACACACUGCUGUGCAAUUACCCAAAGUGUCGGGCAAAGCUUAGCGGCUUCGCCUGGGUCACAUCCUGCUCCCACGUGUUCUGUGAUCAGCACGGGUCCGGUGAGUUCAGCCGCUCUCCUGCCAUCUGCCCGGCGUGCUCCACUGCCCUGUCCGGGAAGCUGGACAUUGUGAGAACAGAGCUGUCGCCCACCGAGGAGUAUAAAGCCAUGGUGCUGGCAGGUCUGCGACCAGACAUAGUCCUGGACAUCAGUUCUCGUGCUCUUGCCUUCUGGAGCUACCAGGUCCAUCAGGAGCGUAUGUACCAAGAAUACAGUCUAUCCCGCGCUGACACACAGCUGAAGCAGAUGGAGAAAGUUCUGAACCAGCAGAACCAGAGCAGAGAACUAGAACUCACCGCAAUGAGGGGGGAGAUCACCUCGCUGAAGAAAGUGAUGGAGGAGUACAAGAGGAAGUACAGUGAGGUGUCAGAGAGGCUGAUGGAGAGGAACAGGCAGUACCAGAAGCUACAGGGCUUGUACGACUCCCUGAGGCUGCGUAACAUGGUGGUGGGAGCCGGGGAACGAGACAUGCCACAACAACAUGGAAAUCGAGACUUGAGCAUCGCGAUGGGCCGGCAGGCGACCCCUCAGAGAAGCCCUCAGUUCCUCUCACCUGCCCCCCUCGGCGAUUCUCGUUUCUUCUCCUGCCCGGAGGCCGACGGAGCCAAGACCUUCUUCCAGUUCAGCUCUCCGGCCAGGGACAAGAACCAGCCCUUCAUCAAUAAGCACUGAAAGCAAAUCUUUACUUUUAUGCUUGCUGUCAAAUUUACAGAUGUUUUUCCUGGUAUGUUCUGAUGAUUUAUAAAUACUAUAAGUGUAUUUCUUGCAUUAAUUGACUGUAUUAUAUUUUCUAGGUACAAUAGUAGAUUUUUCGGUUUUGGUGACUUUUAUUUUCAUUUGUGUAGAUCAUUUAGCGAUGGCCCAGCAGGCCAUCGCUAAAUGUGGAUUUGGUUCACAUUGACUAAUAUAAUUCAGUAGUUAUAUAGAUUUUUUUUUUAAUUUAACUGAUAGACUUAUUACUGAGGGUAUAAAUUGUAAACAUGUUUACCAGUGCACUGUAAUAAACAAUCAAAGCUGGUGGUUAUGUGAAACCCAGGGUGGGACUGAAUGUUUGAGAAUAUUAAAUAAAAUGUUCUGGAAAUAGUUUUACAGAAUGAAA